AUGGGGAAGUCGAAGAGCAAGGGCGCCAAGUUCGCCGCCGUCAAGAAGAUCAUCAGCAAGAAGACCAUCAAGAACCGGUCGGUCAGGUACAAGGAGGAGGUGCUGGACCCCCGGAAGAAGGACACCGAGAAGGAGAAGCUCGGCCGGAAUGUGCCGCAGGUGUCGUCGGCGCUCUUCUUCAGCUACAACAUGGCGCUCGGGCCGCCCUACCGGGUUAUUGUUGACACCAACUUCAUCAAUUUCUCCAUCCAGAACAAGUUGGAUUUGGAGAAAGGAAUGAUGGACUGCCUUUAUGCAAAAUGUACCCCCUGCAUCACUGAUUGUGUUAUGGCCGAGCUUGAAAAGUUAGGACAAAAAUAUCGUGUGGCUUUGAGAAUUGCUAAGGAUCCUAGGUUCCAGAGGCUGGCGUGCACACACAAAGGAACUUAUGCUGAUGACUGUAUCGUUGAGAGAAUUACUCAGCACAAAUGCUACAUUGUUGCCACUUGCGAUAGAGAUUUAAAGAGGAGAAUAAGAAAGGUUCCUGGUGUUCCAAUCAUGUAUAUCACCCAACACAGGUACUCAAUAGAACGACUCCCUGAAGCCACAAUUGGUGGAGCACCAAGAAUCUAA